GCCGGCCGGCGGCGGGAGGCGCGGGAGGGCGGAGACCGGCGUUGUCUCGACCUCUGCAGCCCUCGCGGCCCCCGCCGCCGCCGCCUUCCCCCAGUCAUUGCGUCAACCCCCGCUGGGCCGCGGAGACCUCAGCGCUGUCCGCGGGGGCCUGGCGGUGCGCGAUUGCUGCAGAGCCGCGGGACUGCACCGCGGCUUACCCUUCCCUGAGCGCUGCCUGAGCUGGCUGCGAGCGCAUCGGGGAGAGGUGGGCUGGCUCCUCCCUUGCCGCUGGAAGGAUGCCCCCGCCGCUGCCUCCGGCUCCCGGGGCUCGGGAGGUGGGCUCUUCCAGCCGGUCUCCCAGCGAUCCUCUCCGGGCCUAGAUAACCCCGCCGAGGGCCCCAGCGAGCUUGCCUGGCUCCCGGCCCUCUUCUCCCUCCGUGCCAUCCGUUUGUAACGUCUUUUCACGUCCCUCGGUCCCUCCGCCCCCCAUCCUCCGCCCAACUGUAUUUCAUGCAUGGGGUUUGUAAGGAAGGAGACAACUGUCGCUACUCGCAUGACCUCUCUGACAGUCCGUAUAGUGUAGUGUGCAAGUAUUUUCAGCGAGGGUACUGUAUUUAUGGAGACCGCUGCAGAUAUGAACAUAGCAAGCCAUUGAAACAGGAAGAAGCAACUGUUACAGAGCUAACUACAAAGUCAUCCCUUGCUGCUUCCUCAAGUCUCUCAUCGAUAGUUGGACCACUUGUUGAAAUGAAUACAGGCGAAGCUGAGUCAAGAAAUUCAAACUUUGCAACUGUAGGAGCAGGUUCAGAGGACUGGGUGAAUGCUAUUGAGUUUGUUCCUGGGCAGCCCUACUGUGGCCGUACUGCACCUUCCUGCACUGAAGCACCCCUGCAGGGCUCAGUGACCAAGGAAGAAUCAGAGAAAGAGCAAACCGCCGUGGAGACAAAGAAGCAGCUGUGCCCCUAUGCUGCAGUGGGAGAGUGCCGAUACGGGGAGAACUGUGUGUAUCUCCACGGAGAUUCUUGUGACAUGUGUGGGCUGCAGGUCCUGCAUCCGAUGGAUGCUGCCCAGAGAUCACAGCAUAUCAAAUCGUGCAUUGAGGCCCAUGAGAAGGACAUGGAGCUCUCAUUUGCUGUGCAGCGCAGCAAGGACAUGGUGUGUGGGAUCUGCAUGGAGGUGGUCUAUGAGAAAGCCAACCCCAGCGAGCGCCGCUUUGGGAUCCUCUCCAACUGCAACCACACCUACUGUCUCAAGUGCAUUCGCAAGUGGAGGAGUGCUAAGCAAUUUGAGAGCAAGAUCAUAAAGUCCUGCCCAGAAUGCCGGAUCACAUCUAACUUUGUCAUUCCAAGUGAGUACUGGGUGGAGGAGAAAGAAGAGAAGCAGAAACUCAUUCUGAAAUACAAGGAGGCAAUGAGCAACAAGGCGUGCAGGUAUUUUGAUGAAGGACGUGGGAGCUGCCCAUUUGGAGGGAACUGUUUUUACAAGCAUGCGUACCCUGAUGGCCGUAGAGAGGAGCCACAGAGACAGAAAGUGGGAACAUCAAGCAGAUACCGGGCCCAACGAAGGAACCACUUCUGGGAACUCAUUGAGGAAAGAGAGAACAGCAACCCCUUUGACAACGAAGAGGAAGAGGUUGUCACCUUUGAGCUGGGCGAGAUGUUGCUUAUGCUUUUGGCUGCAGGUGGGGACGACGAACUAACAGACUCUGAAGAUGAGUGGGACUUGUUUCAUGAUGAGCUGGAAGAUUUUUAUGACUUGGAUCUAUAGCAACCUUGCGUGGCGUGUGAACUGGUCUGCUGACCCCAGACAGCAGCCGUGCCCUGUGGUGGGGUGGCAGGGCCCGUGUUCCCUCCUAGGCAGGCCUCUCAACUCCAGGUGCUGUCCUAAGAAUUUUUACCCAGGGCCUGUCUUCUCAACCCCUCACCUUUCCCUGAGGAGUGUGUUGUUUUCCCUGUUGAAGAAAGUUACAAAAAUAAAUCUUAAAGUUAGUUUUUUGUAACACAAA